GCGAAGCGGGCCGGGACCUGCCGGGCCAGACCAGACCGGACCCCGGGGGCGAUGCGGCUGCUGCCCCUGUUGCGGACUGUCCUCUGGGCCGCGCUCCUUGGCUCCCCUCUGCGGGGGGGCUUCAGCCUCCGCCACCCCGUCUACUGGAACUCCAGUAACCCCAGGCUGCUUCGAGGAGACGCUGUGGUGGAGUUGGGCCUCAACGAUUACCUAGAUGUCUUCUGCCCACACUAUGAAGGUCCAGGGCCCCCUGAGGGCCCCGAGACAUUUGAUCUAUACAUGGUGGACAGGCCAGGCUAUGAGGCCUGCCAGGCGAAAGGGGCAAGUGCCUUCAAGCGCUGGGAAUGCGCCCUGCCUUUCGCUCCCUUUGGCCCUGUUAAAUUCUCAGAAAAGAUUCAGCGCUUCACACCCUUCUCCCUUGGCUUUGAAUUCUUGCCUGGAGAGACGUACUACUACAUCUCGGUGCCGACUUCAGAGGGCUCUGGCCAGUGCUUGAGGCUCCAGGUGUCUGUCUGCUGCAAGGAGAGCAGUAACCAGAGCCUUCCCAGGACCCCCGGGAGGAGGGUCUCUGCCGCCUGCACUGGGGAUGCCAAGCCAGACAGACAAGAUGGAGCAUUGAUGGGGGAGGUCAGAGGGUCUGAGAUGACCCUCGCAGGUGCCCGCUGUUUCAUCCCAUGCUGAGGAGGAGCUACAAGGGAGCAGCAGACAGCCCUGGGCACACUGGAGCAGAGGCAAGACAAACAGGAGCUCUGUCAGCUGCCUUGAUGGUCUCAUCCAUCUCCCAGGAAGACUAGGAUUGGGUGGGAUUGAAUCCUUGAGUCAGCUGGGGGCCAAGGCUGAAGACCUGGGGACAGGUGAAUUGCUGAACCAGGGCAAAGAAGAAGCCCUGCUGUCUGUGCCCUAUGGGCCUCUUCCCUGGGGCAGCACCAUGCCCUCCACAGGGGGUCACUCACUUGUCUUCUGUGAAGACGGACUGACUUGCCAUGAGGUUGAAUUUCAUGCCAAUUUGUAUUUUUAUAAGUGUCUGGACCAAACCUUCAA